GACUAGACUCUCAAUCUGACAGCAGAAAGAGUCCUUCAGGGGAACCAGACCCUGAGAUGCCCAAUCCAGCGAUGCAACACCACUGCUCCCAGUGUAAUAUGAGUUUUAAGUGGUUAUGGAAGCUGAAAGAGCAUGAAAGGAAACACACAGGAGAAAAGCCCUUCCAAUGCUCCCAGUGUGGAAAUAGAUUCUCACGAUCACAUGACCUAAAAUCACACGAGAGGACACACACAGGGGAAAAACCACACAAUUGCUCACAGUGUGGAAAGCUUUUUUCCCAUUUAGGGAACCUGAACAAACAUAAGAGAAUACACUCUGGAGAGAAGCCUUACCCCUGUUCCCAUUGUGGAAAGAAUUUUAGGUUGUCAGGUAACCUGAAAACGCAUGAGAGGACACACACAGGGGAGAAACCUUACCAUUGCUCCCUGUGUGGAAAGGAUUUUACCAAGUUAGGAAACCUGAAAGAUCAUGAGAAGAAACACACAGGAGAAAAGCCUUACCACUGCUCCAAUUGUGGAAAGAGAUUUUCAACAUCAUCGGACUUAAAAAAGCAUGAGAUGACGCACACAGGGGAGAAAUCUUACCAUUGCUCUCAGUGUGGAAAUAGUUUUUUACGAUCACAUGACCUAAAAUCACAUGAGCGGACACACACAGGGGAAAAACCACACAGUUGCCCCCAGUGUGGAAAGUGUUUUUUGCAUUUAGGAAACCUGAACAAACAUAAGAAAAUACACUCUGGAGAGAAGCCUUAUCCUUGUUCCCAUUGUGGAAAGUUCUUUAGGUCGUUAGAUAACAUGAGGGAGCAUGAAAAGACACACACAGGUAAGAAGCUUUACCAUUGCGCCUUGUGCGGAAAGAGAUAUUCACGAUCACAUGACCUAAAAUCACAUAAAAGGAAACACACAGGGGAAGAAAACACACAAUUACACACACAAGGGAAAAAUCACACAAUUGGUCCCAGUGUGGAAAGAAUUUAACGCAGUUAGAGAACCGUUCCCAUUGUGUAACUAUAUUUUCCUGAUCACAUGACCUAAUUUCACCUCAAAUUAAACCAAGCAAUAUUUAUACCGCACAUUUCAGACAUGGAAUGCAACACAAUGGGCUUCACAGGAAAAAAAAUAUAUAAAUGAAAUGAAAUAUUUACGACACAACAAACAUAAGAGGAUAAAAAAGAUUAGCAAUAAAAACAUUUGUGCCCAACUGUGGAUAAAAACACUGUUGGGCUAGCACUGCUAGCAUUUGUCUGCUCCGUUUUCAUGAUGGCUAGCAGCUAAUUGCUACUUAACAGGAAUUGCUACUUAAGGCUGACUGCAUUGCGGAACCAGUAGCAAUUUAUUUUUUUGUUUUUUUUAAUUAUGGAAUAUUACAGCAUACAAUCUACCUGCAGUGAAGCCGUUCAACAUUUACAUUACAUUCAGUCAUCUAGCAGACUCCCAUCCAGAGAGAUCCACAGGAGCAACCAGGGUCAAGCGUCCCGCCCAAAGGGAUGUCGACAGAUCUCCCACCAAGUCAAAUCGAGGACUCAAACCAUUUAUAUAUUUUGUGAAAUUAAUACCAAGUAUGUUUACUUCACCAUCAGCACAUUUUAUAGGUAAACUACAGGGUCAUGUAUAAGCUGUAUUUUUUUUAAGUUCCAAUUCGUAGUAUUGUACACUUAUCAUAAUUAGGAGUCCGGAAAAGUUAUCUAGAUCUUCAGUGAGACAUUGCAGGGAUCUAGCUUGCAGACUUAAUAUAAAACGUGAGUCAUUGGCAUACAUGGACACCUUGUUGUUUUUAAGUCUUGGAUUUCUAAUCGUCUAAUGUUGUUGUUAGAGCCAAUUUGGACAUAUUAGUAUAAAAGACAGAACAUACAGAGCUCCAUGUACGUUUGUGUAAAUUAUUAUAUAUUUAUGUAUAUGAUGAAAUAUUAGGUACCUUUAUGAUUUAUGUUGACCUGAUUGAGAUAUAUUCCUUUAUUAGUGGAACUUCAUUAGUGGAACAAGUUUUUGGUUCCCUCUCUUGCCUAUUCAUUGUACUGUGGUAAGUGUGUUAGUGAUAGGAUAAAGGUAGGAAGUUGGGACUUUGGGGGAGGGGAGUCCUAGCUAGGCACAGGUGCGGUAUAGUCUUUUGACCAUACAAACAGGCCAUUUUAUGUAUUUUUCAUGUCAAGUAAUCUAUGCUUUAAGUUGAUUGGAGAACCAUUUUUUGUUAGAUAUAAAAAUAAUAAAACUUUUUGUUGCACCAUAUCCCUGGAUCUCAUUGAAUGUUUUUGCCGUUUUGGAACUUUGAAUGUGGACUGUAUUUGUCCGAAACAACCCCGCUUCAGGCUUGGGCAGUGGCUGUGGUGAAUUGGUAAGGAAGCCACUACAGUUGUUAUCUGAUUUUAAAAGCAAGCAUUUCGAUGGCCAUAACGAAUUGAUAUGUUGACAGCGGACACCCUUGUUUAACUCCUCUUGACAAUUCAAAACUCUCUGAGAAGUAGCCGCUGUUUACUAUUUUAUACCUGGCGUUGCUAUACAUAACUUUUACCUAUUGAAUGAGAGACUCAACAAAAAAUUUAAAAUCCAGGCAUGUAUAUAUGAAAUCCAGUCUUGCUUUAUCAAAGGCCUUUUCAAAAUCUGCUAUAAAUACCAGGCCUGACUUCUUAGAUGUUUCAUGGUGUCCUAUUAUUUCAAGUAGUAUAUUAUAUCCCAAUGUAGUGUCCAUGUAAAAAACCUGUCUGAUCAGGAUGGACAAUACCUGGUAAAACCUUUUUAAUUCUGACUGCUUUGCAUUUUGCUAGUAUUUUUGCAUCAACAUUGAUGUGUAAGGGGCCUCCAGUUUUUUAGAUAGACUGGGUCUUUAUAUUUGCCAUCUGGGUCUUGUUUUAAUAAUAGAGAAAUCAGACCUUCCUGCUGAGUACCUGACAGACUACCAUUUCUAUAGGAGUAGUUAAAACAAGCUAAUAAGGGAGCUUUGAGUAUAUAAAAAAAGGCUUGAUAUACCUCUACCUGUAUGCCAUCAAGCUCUGGGGUUUUUACAGACUGAAAGGAUUUAAUAGCCUCAAAAAGUUAUUCCUCUGUAAUUUGGCCCUCGUAAUGGUCUUUCUGUGCAUUAGUUAAUUUUCCAUUUUAUUUUUUGGAAAGAAUUCCUUACAGUAAUCAUCAUUCAGAGUAUGAGACGGAAAGGAACAUAUCUGCUUAAAAUAUUUAACUUCCUCUUUUAAAAUAUCAUUCGGAGAAUCAUAGAUGACUUUGUCUUUAAUAAGUUUCUGCCAAUUAUUUUGGUAGCGUUUCUGUGUUGGCGAUUCAGGAAGAAUUUGG